UCCUCUGGCCCUCCAAGAAUGGAAGUUUGGGCUGGUCCAUUUGUGGCCUAAACUUAGCUGUGUGUCUGCUGAGAUCUGUGUGUGUCACACUGACCCUCAGAGCUUCAGAGUCUUCAUGUGUCUUUCUCUGUGGACACUUCACGCUCAACAGACCGGAGCAGUCCACCAGCAUGAGUUUGAUGGACAUAUCCAAGAUCUUUUCUCUUCUUCAACCCAAAGAGGAGGAGGACACGGGCUGCAGUCAGGAGCUCAAUCAGGCCGUGUUUAGAGACGAUGAGGGACUCCUGACUGAUCUGCUGUCUCAGGACAGGUACAGGAGGUGUGUUAACCUGCGCAGCGGCUGGGGCGUCCCGGUCACUCCACUGCGCUCCGCUGCGUCUCAGGGUCACCUGCGCUGUCUGGAGGUGCUCCUGGCUCACGGUGCCGAGGUCGACAGCCUGGAUGUCAAAGCCCAGACGCCGCUGUUCACGGCCGUCGCCGGCAGACACCUGGACUGUGUGGUUGCUUUAUUAAAAGCCGGUGCCGACCCUAACGGCAGCCCAUAUAACAACUGCUCUCCGGUGCUCACCACGGCCCGAGACGGAGACGCAGACAUCCUGAGAGAGCUCCUGCGGCACGGAGCUGAUGUAGACGUCAAACCCAAGAUCCCAGACUGGGCCUCCAAUGCCACGGCCUGCAGAGGGCCGCUCUAUAUUUCAGCUUGUUACGGUCAUCUGGAGUGCUUCAAACUCUUGCUGCAGCAUGGAGCAAACCCAGACUAUAACUGCACCGACGAAAAGAUGCUGAGCCACAUCAAACAGCCCCAAACUGUGCUGGAGAUGUGUCUCAGAUACGGCUGCGGGCCCCAAUACAUUCAGCUGCUCGUAGACUUUGGAGCAAACGUCUAUCUGCCUGCUUUAAUCAUAGAUAAAACAACCAGACAGAAUGAAGCAGUGACGCUUCUGCUCAAAGAGAGAGUUUGUCCAAAACCACUGAUGUCUCAGGCUCGACUUUCUUUAUGGAAGUUCCUUCCCAUGGAAAACAAAAUGUGCUGCAUAGAUUGUCUGGAUAUUCCCAAAAUUCUGAAGGACUAUUUGAAUCAUGUAUCCUGAUUUUCCUACAUUUUCUCUUCUGAUGUGGAAUACAUAUCUGACGAUGGGACGAAUAUUAAGUUUCCCUUUUUGUAAAACGUUGUAAUAUGUAAUAUCUGUAAUAUUUUCUGUGUUUAGAAUUCUAAAUACUACAGAUAAUGUAGCAUUUAAUGGAUUGUUUUAUUAUUUUGAUCAAAUAUUUAGGAGUAUGUGGUUAAUGCAACAAUGGAGUAGAUCAUGUUCUUGUGUUGAUAUAAAGUAAAUUAACGUGAAGGAAAACCUCUGCCCUCUAAUGGUGGAAAUGAUGACAAAAGUUUGCU